AUGAAGUUCCUCUCAUUGUCUUUCCUGUUGUGCUGCCUGGUAGCCGGAGCCUUGAGUGCCCCCCAAUUUGGAUAUGGAUUCGCACCAUAUGGAGGAUACGGAGGAUAUGGAGGAUUUGGGGGAAGCUAUGCCUCAGCCAGUGCCGCAGCGAGCAGCAGUGCGGGAGGAUAUCAAGGAUUCGGAUACCCAGGAUAUGGGGGAUACGGAGGAUACGGUGGAGGCUAUCAGCAGCAGUACAACCAGUUCAGCAACUACAACAACUACGGAUCUUCUGGCUACUACGGCGGUUACCCAUUCGGUAGAUGA